AUGGGGCUGCUGAAAAUGCACCAAGGCUGGUAUGAGACAGACAUAGCACUUCUGUCCCGGCACAGGGAGGGCACACUGUGCUCUGACAGCCACAUCCAGUACGAGCGGGUAGGUGCAGACGUGACCAUGAAGUGUGGCUCCAUGGACUGGGACGCAGCUGUGACCUGGACGGCCAACGGCACCGACAUCGAUGAGUCCCACCUGAAUGGCUCCUACCUGAUCCUGAAGAAUGUUGACCUGACGCAGAGCGGCCAGUACUCCUGCUACGAGGGCUCCUCUUGGCACCUUAAAUACCAGACCUACCUGAGGGUGGGAACCCCUCCAAAGGAGCCAGUGUUGAUGUGCCGGUCCAACAACUACCCAAAAGGUUUCUACUGCAGCUGGCACCUGCCCACUCCCACGUAUAUCCCUAACUCCUUCAAUAUCUCUGUCAUACACGGCACAAGAGAGAUGGUCUGCGAGAAGGAUGUCUUUCCCAAAAACAGGUGUCACAUCCGAUACAUCCAGCUCUUCUCAACAGUGAAGUACAAGGUGACACUGACAGUCACGAAUGCUCUGGGCAAAAACUCCACCACUCUCACCUUUGACGAGUUCGCUAUAGUAAAACCAGACCCUCCGGAGAGCGUGGUGGCCAAACCUGUGCCAAAUAACCCUCGGAGGCUGGAGGUGUCAUGGCAAAACCCCUCGUCUUGGCCCGACCCCGAGUCUUUCCCUCUCAAGUUCUUCCUGCGGUAUCGGCCCCUCAUCCUGGACCAGUGGCAACAUGUCGAGCUGUCGGAUGGGACAUCACACACCAUCACAGAUGCCUAUGCUGGCAAGGAGUACAUCAUCCAGGUGGCAGCCAAAGACAAUGACAUUGGCACAUGGAGUGACUGGAGCGUGGCUGUCCAUGCGACACCCUGGACAGAGGAACCCAAGCAUCUCACCACUGAGGCCCAGAUCACAGAGACAACAAGAGCGAGCACCUCCUCUUUCAUGCCACCACCCACCACCAAGAUCUGUGACAAGGGGGCUGUGGUGGGCAGCGGGGCCGUGGCAGUGUGUUGGACAGCUGGACUGGUCUUGGCUGCCUAUGGUGUCCUCUUUAUUUAG